GCGGGGCGGGGUGCGGGGCGCAGGUGACGGGGGUCCGAGAAAGAUGGAGCAGCCCGGGACGGCGGCGGGCCCCGGAGGCGAGGAGCCCGGCGGGGGUCGGGGCGGCAAGCGAAGCGCCGGGGGCCGGGCCGCUGGCGACGAGGAGACCAAAAACAAGCCCAAGCUGAACAUUCAAAUAAAAACUUUGGCCGAUGAUGUGCGAGACCGAAUCACAAGUUUUAGAAAAUCUGGAGUCAAGAAAGAGAAACCUCUUAUUCAGCACCCCAUUGACUCUCAAGUUGCCAUGACCGAGUUUCCAGCAGCACAGCCAUUAUAUGAGGAGCGAUCCCUGAAUUUGUCUGAAAAGGAAGUGCUGGAUCUUUUUGAAAAAAUGAUGGAAGACAUGAAUCUAAAUGAAGAAAGAAAAGCUCCUCUGCGAGAUAAAGAUUUUGGCACAAAGCAUGAAAUGGUUGUCCAGUACAUUUCGGCCACUGCCAAAUCGGGAGGACUGAAAAAUAGCAAGCAUGAAUGUACCUUAUCUUCCCAAGAAUAUGUCCAUGAAUUACGGUCUGGCAUCUCAGAAGAAAAACUUCUUAACUGCCUAGAAUCUCUGAGGGUAUCCUUAACCAGCAAUCCUGUCAGCUGGGUCAAUAACUUUGGCCAUGAAGGUCUUGGAGUCUUGUUGGAUCUAUUAGAGAAGCUUCUGGAUAAGAAACAGCAAGAGAAUAUUGACAAGAAGAAUCAGCAUAAACUUAUUCAGUGCCUGAAAGCAUUUAUGAAUAACAAGUUUGGAUUGCAAAGAAUUCUAGGUGAUGAAAGGAGCCUUUUAUUGCUAGCAAGAGCAAUUGAUCCCAGACAGCCCAGUAUGAUGACAGAAAUAGUAAAAAUACUGUCUGCUAUUUGCAUUGUUGGAGAAGAUAACAUUCUAGACAAACUUUUAGGAGCUAUCACUACAGCAGCUGAAAGAAACAAUAAAGAACGAUUUUCACCAAUUGUGGAAGGAUUGGAGAACCAUGAAACCUUGCAAUUACAGGUCGCCUGCAUGCAAUUUAUAAAUGCCCUUGUUACCUCUCCUUAUGAACUUGAUUUUCGGAUACAUUUACGAAAUGAGUUUCUCCGUUCUGGACUUAAGAAAAUGUUACCGGGGCUGAAAGAAAAAGACAAUGAUGAACUUGAUAUCCAGUUGAGAGUAUUUGAUGAGAACAAAGAUGAUGACUUAAAUGAAUUAUCCCAUCGUCUCAAUGACAUUCGAGCAGAAAUGGAUGAUAUGAAUGAAGUUUAUCAUCUUCUGUACAACAUGCUAAAGGACACUUCUUCAGAAAAUUACUUGCUAUCUAUUCUACAACAUUUCUUGCUCAUCAGAAACGAUUAUUAUGUCAGGCCACAAUAUUAUAAGAUCAUCGAAGAAUGUGUUUCACAGAUAGUGCUCCAUGGUAGUGGCAUGGACCCAGACUUCAAAUAUCGACAGAGAUUAGAUGUUGACUUCACUCAUCUGAUAGAUGCAUGUGUAGACAAAGCUAAAGUAGAAGAAAGUGAACAAAAAGCAGCGGAAUUUUCCAAAAAGUUUGAUGAGGAGUUCACAGCACGACAGGAGGCCCAGGCUGAACUUCAACGACGAGAGGAGAAAAUACAAGAACUUGAGACGGAACUCCAACAGCUCCGAGCUCAGGGACCUGGACUUUCUGAUUCAUCAGGAAUUCUGCCAGCUCCACCUCUACCACCAGCUCCAAGUGGUGCUGUUCCUCCUCCUCCACCUCCUCCUCCGCCUCUGCCUGGAGUACCUGGUCCUCCUCCUCCUCCCCCUCCUUUGCCUGGAGGAGCUGUACCACCAGCGCCUCCUUUAUUUGGGGGGCCUCCUCCUCCACCACCUCUGGGUGCUGCUCCUCCUCUUCCUGGAGCAUCUGCUUCCCUUCCUUUUGGAAUGAAGCAAAAAAAAUUAUAUAAGCCAGAAGUGCCCAUGAAAAGAAUCAAUUGGUCCAAGAUCGAGCCACGGGAAAUAUCAGAGAAUUGCUUCUGGUUAAAAGUUAAGGAAGAUAAGUUUGAAAAUCCAGAUCUCUUUGCAAAACUGGCACUCACUUUUGCAACACAGUUGAAAGUUAAAAAGAACAUCGAUGUCCCAGAAGAAAAGAAAGUUGCUGCCAAGAAAAAAAUUAAAGAAUUGAGAAUUUUGGAUGGAAAAACUGCUCAGAAUCUCUCUAUCUUCUUGGGUUCUUAUCGCAUGUCUUACGAAGAUAUAAAAAACAUCAUUUUGGAGGUGAAUGAAGACAUGUUGAGUGAGUCCUUAAUUCACAACCUGGUGAAGAAUCUUCCUGAGCAGAAGGAACUUAGUGCCUUAGCCCAACUAAAGAAUGAAUAUGAUGACCUCUGUGAACCGGAACAAUUUGGAGUUGUGAUGAGCUCAGUGAAAAUGUUAAGACCUCGUCUCCAUAGCAUCCUUUUCAAGCUCACAUUUGAAGAACAUGUAAACAACAUCAAACCAGGCAUCAUGGCAGUAACUCUAGCCUGUGAAGAAAUGAAAAAAAGUGAAAGCUUUAAUCGACUUUUAGAGCUGGUACUCCUAGUUGGCAACUACAUGAACUCAGGCUCCCGAAAUGCCCAAUCGCUGGGUUUCAACAUCAACUUUCUUUGUAAGAUCAGAGACACUAAAUCAUCAGAUCAAAAAACCACACUUUUACAUUUUCUUGCUGAAAUGUGUGAGGAAAAAUACCGGGACAUCCUUAAAUUUCCAGAUGAAUUGGAGCAUGUUGAAAGUGCAAGCAAGGUUUCAGCUCAAACUCUCAAGAGCAAUCUUGAUGCCAUGGAGCAACAGAUCACUCGCUUGGAAUGUGACAUUAAAAAAUUCCCUAAGACAGAAGACAAACAUGACAAGUUCGUGGAAAAGAUGACUAGCUUUGCAAAGAGUGCCAGAGACCAGUAUGAAAAGCUGUUCACCAUGCACAACAACAUGAUAAAACUCUAUGACAAUCUUGGCGAAUACUUCAUUUUUGACACCAAAACAGUGGCAAUCGAUGAAUUUUUCGGUGACAUCAGCAGUUUCCGCACCUUAUUCCUGGAAGCGGUGAAGGAAAACAACAAGAGAAGAGAAAUGGAGGAGAAGAGCAAAAGAGCUAAGCUUGCCAAAGAGAAAGCUGAGCAAGAAAAGCUGGAACGUCAGAAAAAGAAGAAACAGCUGAUGGAGAUGAACAAAGAGGGUGAGACGGGUGUGAUGGAUAAUCUGCUGGAGGCUCUGCAGUCAGGUGCAGCUUUCCGAGAUCGAAGGAAGAGGAUCCAGAGAAAUCCAGAUAACAGACGGGCACCUUUAGAAAGGUCACGUUCCCGCCACAAUGGAGCCAUCGCAUCUGCGUGAGUCCCGUGGCCAAAGACCUCGGAGAGUGGCGACAGAAACCGAGCGGCAUUUUGAACAGAGUUUGGCAUGGACUUAUAUGGCCAAGAAGAAAGUGAAUAAAAUACAAAUUCUGUGUCUCUGUAAAUCUACUGCUAAAUCUCAAAGCCCCUUGAUUGUACUAAUAGAAACACAAUUACCAGAAUCAGCAAUGCGGGUGUUCUGUGUAAGGACUUGCAUUGAGAGUGUAUUCACAGGUGGUCUGCUGAGGAGGGACAGGUAAGAAAAUAAAGAGAGGCAGUGCUGGAUAGAGAAGAGGAAAAGUGAACCUGAGGUCCCAUGCCUAGAAGAGCAAAACCAGGGCCUCUCAGUGGGCCUGAUUACACGGCUUAAAAGAGGCCACCGGAACACUUGCGGAACUCACGUCAUUUAGAUUCUGGUCUCCAGGGCAAUCGGAUGGAUUCCCGUGCUUUGGCUGAAAUUCAACUUUUCGUCGUCAGCCUAGAGUUUUGCUACUGCUUCAAAAAUCAUGCCCAAUUUUGAUGGAAUCAUCUCCGGAGGGUGUCUUCAAGUUGAUUUAAAGGGGCUCUUUUCUAAUUGUGCACUUGUCUAUGUAUACUUUCUACAGAUACUUCAUACGGCUAUUUUUGAGAAAAAGCACCUCACGUUUCCCUGUUUCUGCUAAGGAAGAGUCUCAAAAUUCUACUAUCAUGACUUACGUCUUAGAGACAAAAAGGAUCCUGCCCACCCUCCUCAUUCCAGGGCCAUCUUCUUCCUUGCUCCCUGACCAUGCCAUGUGGAACACUGAGAGUACCAGCUAAGUCUAAGGCAGUGGGAGAGCCUUUCCUUGUGCUCCCCAGCCUCCAGGGGAGCCCUCCAUUUGUUUAGAGAGAAGUACUCCCAGUUCCUCAUUUCCUCACCUUGAUCACUUCAAACCAGCAUGCAUGAAACCUGGCCCAGAGUCCCGAGCUGGCUGGUGGGGAACAUCCAACAGAUACCUAUCAGAGGUCUCUCGUGUGACCAUUUUAACAUCUGGUCAUCAAAGGAGGAGGGCCUCACUGUUAUUCUGACCACAAAAUGACCCACGGCUUCUUGGCUUUAGGGGGGGAAAUCCUCUCUUCUGUUCUCAUUAGGGUCCCCAGAACAGAAGAGCUAUGUUCUGUGGAGUUGCUUCGUUCUCCUGGGGGCUGGAGAGAUAAUGGGCCGAGUCUCACCAGUGGAACCAGUGCGAUCCUCAGCAUUUCCAGUAAUGGCAGGAUUUCCUUUUGCUGGAGGCACUUGGGGAAUGCUGAAUCUUACAGCUCUAAAAGCCUUACUUUUAACCUUACCUACAGUCUGCCUGGUAACCAAGGCAAACAGAGGAGCCUAAAAGGAAGGUCAGUGUGCAUUGUCAUCAAUAGCGCCCUUCUCCACCUCCCCUUGGCUGCCAUACUCUACCGCUUAAAUCAAAAUCGGUCCUCUCUCCUCAGAUGUGGUCACUGCUCUCACAAUCCCAAAGGAACCUGGCUCUCCAAGUCAGCUGCCUAAAAGUUCUCAUUCUUCUUAGUCUUCUUCCAAUCACAGACUAAAAUAGAAAUUCCCAUUGUAAAAACAAAUGCCAAGAGAAAGAGAACGGAUCCCUCUUUCUCCCCUCAGGAGACUAGACUUGCGUGUUAUGGUUUAGGCUCCAUUUGGAAAAUGUAUGGCGGGACGUUUUUGGCAUCUGGUUACAGAACUCCAUCCUGGAAGUUACCUGGUCAUCACAGGAGACUUCUGAAAGUGGAAAGGCCCGGAUGUUUGCCUGUAAUGACACCCGAAUUCUAAGAGUGAGGAAAAUAACAUCAGCCAUGGGUCAAAAGAAGCACUUCAUCAACUCGAGAACCAUCCAACCAAGUGAAGCGUUUGUAGAAGGGACUCCACAGAGGCUGCCUUCUCUCUUCUUUCAGCUUUGCCUUGUAUGGCCUGGGACUGGGAAAGGCCGUGGCAGAGGCGCACUUGCAGCAGCAUCUUGAGAUGCCUAUUUUGUACAACUCUGUCCCUCUUUUUACCUUGUGAUUUUCACAACCAUAUCAGUUUUCUGGUUGAUAAUAGAACAUUCUCCUAAUUCAUGUAAACAGACAGUGCCUGUGUUGUAGACUUCAGCGAGCCUUUCUGAAAUUCCACGCUGGGACUGCUUUGGGCCUCGGAUAGCUUUUCUGGCUGUUGGGGUAGGGGGCGGGGGGGGGGGGAGGAGAUUUUGCUAUGGAAUCGAGUUUGUGAAGUUAGGAGAGCAGUGGCCGUGUGUCGAUCACCUUUUUAAGAUGUGAACUUGCCUUAUUUUCUAGUAUUCAAAAGAUGAAUCAAAGAACCAUUAUUGAUAGAUUCUAUAUUUGUAUUCCAAGCAAUCCCAAAUGCCUUUUUUCCAAGAACGACAAAUCUUUUAGGGCCUUUUGUGAAGUUCAAGUGAAAUGGUUUACAAAGCGUUGUUUCUAAACUUCCUAGGGAUCCCACUCCCACCAAUUGCUGCCAAUGCUCAGAUCAACAAAAUCAUAUGAGAAAAAUUUCCUCCCGAAAACAGGGACCCACUGAGCAUAGAGUCUGAUGCUGCUGAAAUCGGAUGGUUAGUCUAUUGCUGUUAAAACUGCAGACCCCAUUUAUACAGAAAACUGCCCCGAACCCUUCUACUGUUUGCUAGUCUCUGCAUAGAAAUCAAGUUUAACUUUUUCUAAUUCCUUCUUGGUACUCAAGCCAAACCGGGGUCGUGGCUAAACACUCCUCCCCCAUCAUGGUCCGCACAUACCACUUUGCAUGUUUGGAUGUGGAAUGCGCGCUCUUGGCCGUGCCCAAGUCUGCCCCCUUCUGAUCAUCCAGUCCAAAACCACUCGACUCGGAUUGGAUUUUCCCUCUUGUGUGUUGGAACCACCCCUAUUUCUCCUUCUGUGGGCUACAGUAGAGCCACCAACUACCUCUGCAAUCGAGGAGUUCUUUGCAAGCUGAUUCUCAAGGCUGGGAAGCCCCCCGGCCGUGCCGACUUGCUGGCGGCAGAGCUGCCCAGUCACAGUAUUUCGAUAUCCGUAAGCUACCGCAUGGGCAGAUGCUUUCAUUUCAGCUAUGAAUAAAAACUGCGUCCAGUCAAUGACAUGAAUAGCUUGGGGGGGGGGGGAACAACCUUUAUGUGAUAAUACACACUUACUAUUCAAUAAAGUCGACUAUGAUACACGCCGACUCGUGUACAUUUCUGU